AUGUGGGAAUUCACAAUGCAGCCAAUGUUGGCUGACCAACAAAAGAAAAUAAUAGAGAACAUUGAAAGAUCCAGAGAAAGAGAAGGAGCUAGAGCAAGAGCUGAUAGAUUUCAAGUUGGACAUCAUUGGACUGUCAGAAACACGAAAGAAAGGAGAGCAACUGAAACAGUUGAAAGUGGGCAUGUGCUGUACACAAUAGGAGGGAACGAAUCUGUUGGAGGAGGUGGUAUUCUGGUCAACAAGAACAUCAAGGACCGAGUUAUAGAGUACGUAGGAGAGAGCAGCAGAGUGACGUCGCUUACACUGAAAGUGGACAGCAAAUACCAACUACAAGUAAUACAAGUGUAUGCGCCAACAUCGAGUCACAAUGAUGAAGAAGUUGAAGAGCUAUAUGAGGAGAUUGGAAAAUCAAUGGAGAAGAAUAAAAGUCAAUACAAGAUCGUAAUGGGUGACUUUAAUGCAAAGGAAGAGAUUGAGAGAAGAUCUAGAGAGCACAACACCAUGCAAGUGAAGGAGGCAAUUGAGAGUGGGAAAGGAUUGAAAAGAGCAAAAGAAAAAGAAGGCUGCAGGGUUCUUAUACCAGCAUUGAAAGAGCAAGAUGGAACCGCCAUCACCAACAGAGAGAGAAUUCUUGAGAGGUGCGCAGAAUUCUAUGAAACGCUAUACAAAGAUGCAGCCCAGAACAUCAGAAAAGAAGAAGCAGAGGAUGUACCACCAAUCCUUGAUAGUGAAAUCGAGCAUGCCAUAAAAGGUAUGAAGAAUAACAAAGCACCUGGAGAAGAUCAGAUUGUGAUUGAAAUGCUCAAAGCCGGAGGUGAAGUUGUGAGAUCAAAGCUGAGAACACUCUUCAAUAGAGUGAUGACUGAAGAAAAGAUACCCAACGAGUGGAAAAAUGCCAUUAUAACACUCAUAUUUAAGAAGGGAGACAAGAAAGACCUUGCUAAUUAUAGACCAAUCAGUUUACUCUCCCAAGUCUACAAACUCUUCAUGAAGAUCCUGAAGAACAGGUUGAAUAACAAUCUGAGUGACCACUAG